UUCGAAUGCAAUCGCGUACCAACCAUGAUCAUUGAAAAACUCCAAUUUUUACCAAAAAACCUUAAUUUUAGUCGUUAUUCUGCACAGGACCUUGCGCAACAUACUGAGAUUUAUGCAUAAUCAAACAACAAGUAUGAAAGCCUACAGUGUUUGAAAUCUUAAAGGAGAAACAUCAGUUAUCAGCUGGUAUAUGGAAAUGAAGUAUGAUUAGCAAUAUCUGAACUGUAGUGAGAGUAUUCUAGUAAGUUUCCAUGGAGAAUACAGAAGAACCUGAUAAUGAUGUUUAUAGUGUAGAUAAAGAGGAUGAACAGAUUGUUGCAGAACAAGAUACUGGAACUGAAAACGAUACAUCCGAUCACAGAUCAGACUUUUCAGAUACAGACCAUGAAAAAGAUUCUAAUACUAUGGUAAACAAAAAUAUAUCUGAAUUCAUUGUAGUGGAAAAUGAAACAUUCAAAAGUUAUGAUGAAACAGAUGCUGAAGGAAAAGCAUGUGCUGAGAAAGACUUGAUACACAGUCCAGAUGGAUGUUCUGAGGAAGAAAAGGCUGUAAGAAGACGGACAAUCAGUGUCCAUGAACUUGAUUAUACUUCCCCAUCCAGUCAGGCAGAUCAAAUCAUCGACUUAAGGACAAAUGAAUGUGUGAAAAGAGGGACUAAUUCAUGUAUUGAUGUAGCAAAACCAAAUGAAGUACAUAAAAUCUCUGAUGGGGUAACUUACUGGAAGUAUUCUAGCAGUCAAGAAUUCCCAGCUACAAGAAAUCAAGCAGAGGAAAGUGAUCAUGGCUCUUUGUUACCAUCUGGUAGUAAACCAUCUAUAGACAUUGAAAAUGAGCCUGUUGUAGACACUGAGAAUGCUUUAGAAGUUAAACCUAAGGCAGUAAGAAGCAUUCAAGAUUUCACUGAUGCACAACAAGAAGUAGCUGUCAAUGAAGAAAUAUCAGAAAUAAGUGUAUAUGAUAGUUGUGAAGGAAAGGUUUCACAUGAUAUGACAGAUGAUAAGUAUGAGAAUGAAGCACCAACACAUUCUGAAGAUCCUAAAAUAACAGUGAAACAAGAAAAUGUUGCUGAGGAGUUUACAGCAAUUAGAAGACCUAAGCGUAAAAGAAGCAGUCAAGUAAACUAUGACGAAAGUGAACUUUGGGAUUCAGAAUCCCUUUUUGAAAUAACAGCUACAGAUAAUAUGAAAACAACUCAAACAAGGCAAUCUAGAAAACUAAAAUCUUCAAAGAAAAGUAAUGAAAGAAUCAGAAUUAUUCAUAAUGAUUCUCAUUUUGAAGAAAUGUUCAAGAAUCUUCAUAAACUACAAAAGGUUGGAAAGUAUUGUGAUGUGAAGAUUUGUGCUAUUGAUGGUAGUGUUCUAGCUCACUCAGUUGUAAUAAUUGCAGCCAGUCCAUUACUGCACAAGAAAUAUAAACAGAAAGUGAAAACUGUUACUGAUAUAAACAGUGUGACAGAUUUAGAUUUUAAAGAAGUUCCUUUAUGGGCUUUGGAAAAAAUUGUUACAUUCUUAUAUACAGGGUCUGUUGAGGUUUCAGAAAAAGACACAAAACAUUUUAGCAAACAUUGUAAAGCCCUAGGUUUGAAUGACUUGCAUAAGAAAUUGAAUUCAGAACCUUGUUCUAUUGAUUUAGAGACAGUUACAGUACUUUUAUCAGAGGAAAAAGAAAAAAGAAGUGUUGAAAAGAGUACGAACAACACUAAGGGAGCUUCAAAGUUGAAAACAGAUUUUGAUUCAGUAGAUGAGAAAUCAAGGAAAAGGAAAAUUAAAACAGUAAAGAGUUCAGGCACCAAAGCAAAAGUAUCAAAGCAAAAUUUGAGUGUAAAUGAAGCAACUACUGAGGAGGAAAACAAUGUCAUAGUGAAAGUUGAAACUUCAGAAAACACCUUUGAAGUUGUUAAAAAAGAUAACACACUUGAAGACAGUGCAAAAACUGAAACUGUUUACAGUUCAGACUUUGAAGAUGAAAUGAAUGAUGAUGCUGAUGAUGAGUGGAAGGUAGGCAUUGAUGAUUCAGGGGAAGACACCGAUUCGUAUUUUGAAAAACAAAACUUCAACAAGAAAAGCAAAUUAAAAAGAAAAGGUGCCAAACUUAAAGCAAAGAAGAAAAUUGUGAAGAAAGAGAAAAAGAAAAAAGAAAAUAAAGUGAGAAGUAAAGAAAAAACAUGCAAAAGCAAUGAUAAGAUUGUUGCUGAAAGUGAAAACAAGGUAGAAGAAAAUCAUUCUUUGUCUGUAGAAACUGUUGUUGAUGAAAGUAUCAGGGAGGCAGAUUAUAAUCAGGUAAAUUCUGACAAAAAUAAAGAAAAGUUACCUUUAGACAUUGGGACUGGAAAUGGAGGAGAGUGUGACAAAUGUGGGAAAAGUUUUUAUUUUCAAUAUGAACUCACAGGGCAUAGAAAUAAAUGUACAGGUAAAAAUAAUCGCCAGAGACGUAAGUGUGUUACCUGUCAUGUGAACUUUGAAUCAACAGAAGAAUAUAUGGACCACAGAAACAAUGAUGAGAGAUGUAUAGCACUGCGACAGGAAAAGCUGAUAAUUAGAAAACAGAAAAGGUUUGAGAUGAGGAGAAAGUAUUGUUGCUGUGCUUGUCCGAGAAAGUUUCGUCGAUUGGCAGAUCAGAUUGAGCAUGAGUUUUUGGCCCAUGAAAUACAAUAUGACAAAGAAAAAUGGCCUGAUUUGUAUUGUGAGUAUUGUAAUUAUUGGUCAAUGAAUCCGUGGAAGUUACAUCACCACAAGUUAGUGUCCUGUAAUAAGGGGCAAGAACCGAUCUGUGACAUGUGUGGGAACUCCUACAAAAACGAGAAAACCUUGAAAAAACACAAGGAACUGAUGCAUACUGAUGUUCAGCCAAUGUUGACUUGUGAAGAAUGUGGAAAAAGCCUUAAAGGACCGAAAGGACUGAAACACCAUAUUCGACUGCGGCACAGAGGAGAGAAUCUACACAACUUGAUGAUGUGUCAUAUAUGUUCUCAGACUUAUAGGACAUCUAGUGAUCUCACAUUCCAUCUGUAUAAAGUACACGAGCAACCUCUGCCUGAAGGCUUUACUGUAUACCGAUGCCCCAGAUGUGAUUAUUGCCAUAACAACAAAAGAUUUUUUGACAAGCAUAUGUUUCUUCAUGAAGACAAGAGAGAAUGGCACUGUGAGAUCUGUUCCAAAGCAUUCAAGACCAAAAACAGUCUUAGCACUCACAUGAUUGUACAUACAUCCAGCCGUAUACCGUGUCCUUUUGAUGACUGUACCUACAAGGCACUGAAAAACUGUCACCUAAAAAAUCACAUUGAAAAUCAACAUACUCAGAAGGGUGAGAAGCAUGAGAAGUGUCACCUAUGUGAAUACAGCACAUUCUUCAGGGGUAAUCUCAUCAAGCACCAGAGAAGUGUACAUAAACUGGAGGUGGUGACACGACACAGUGUGGAAAUGAAAGCAAAAUAUAAAAACCUCAAAAGUGGCCAGAUUGUAGGAGUUGAAAGCAAUAUCAGGAAUGAGAAGAAAAAUAGCAGAUCCAGAUCAGGGAAUAGUGAAUAUCAUGCCUCACAAAUAGAAAUGGGGUCAGCACAGGAAACGGGUUAUCCAGCAUCCUCUUCUUCAGACAACAGUAUUGUUGAAAAUCAACGUCAUUUUCUGGAGAAAGCUGCUCCUAUGCCAUCUUCACAAAAUGUAGCAGACUCCUUUGUGUAUACCCUUGUCAAUGCACCAAUGAUGUCCCACCAUUCUAAUUUUCCUGCAAAUGCUAACAUGUAUCGCAUACCACCAAUUGACUUCUCUGUAUACAAUCAAAAUUCUUCUAUGGAUCAAAUGUGAGGACUUAAAAACAAGAAGGUUUGAUUACAGGCUAACAGAUUUUUUUCUCAAAUGAAAAUUUAAACUGAACAGUUCUCAGUGUAUUACAAAUUGCAAUUAAGUAUAAAUGUGUUUAUAUUGUUUUUGAACUAAAUGGUUUUCUAACUUUUGUUCCAUAUAAGUUUUUGAACCGUCUGUCCGUCUGUCAGUCUGUCCACAAUUUUCGU